AUGCUCCACGCGAUGCGCGGCAUCGAAGACAAGAUGCCGUGCAAUGCACCGGCUUCAGACAUCAUUGUUGCCUCGAUUCGAUUCCGCGAAAUGUCGUCGAGCUCCCGUCGCAAGGGCGCAGCGGCGUACACACCGAGCGUGCCGUCACCGCUGAACCCCAAAAGUCAGGAUGAGGCAGCGCAGGCGCUGCGAGCACGGAGAGCCGCCAGGGCGCUGAGGAGAAACGUGGGCAUGAGUCCUGCGCAGAGGCUGCUGCGGUACAAGGCGGCCGAGGCCUGGAGGUCAGAGGCGACGCGGCGCGAAUUGGCCAAGUGGGAGAGGCGAGCGGCUGAGGCGACGGCGAGGCAGCAGACGAAGCCAGCCUCGCUGAGGCCGGACAGGAAGACAAAGGGCGAUGCGCCGGUCGCGGGCACACCCAGAUUACAUCGUGGACCCGAAUCCAACGAUGAGGAUGACGAUAAAGAGAAUCGCGGCGAGGAGGGGAGCGAGGACGCAGAAGGAGAGGAGCUCGAGGGGCAGCAGCAGUACCUGUUCCACAUGCCGGAUUUGGGUUUCUUCACGCCGCGCCGCGUGGUGCUGGCCGUGGGCAGGAUGCGCAUGCUGCCGUCGCUGCGGAUGGACAGCUUUCUACGGCAAGGAGAUACGGCAAAGACUUGA